AUGUUGACUUAUAAUCAAACAUGGCAAAUUGUUGGAAUAACUAGUUAUGGUGAAGGUUGUGCACGAGCUCGUAAACCGGGUGUGUAUACUCGUGUAAGUGUUUAUCGUGAUUGGAUCAAUUAUACAAUAAGCAAAAAUAUAUUGAAUUAUGAAACACAACUUUUUAAUAUACCAAAUAAUAUUGAUAUGAGUAAUAAUCUAGAAAUAUGGUGGGAUAGAGAAGUUAAUAGCAAUGCUGUAUGUUAUAUAAUACCGUUUACUAGUGUGUUACUUUUGUGUUUAUUAGAUGUAUUUGUUUAUAAUUAUUACUAA